AUGGCACCGGCCUCACUGGGCCCCGUGUCUCCGCCCGUGUCGACGGCUCUGCCGGCAGACUCGUUCCAGCUUCAGCCCGAGUCGAACAAAGCAGGCGACGUCGAGGAAGCACUAUUUGAUGCACAAGUGCAGCAGGUCAGAGAUUGGUGGGCGUCACCGCGCUACAAAGGCAUCAAACGGCCUUAUUCUGCCGAAGAUGUUGUGUCCAAGCGCGGUGCAUUGCAGCAGACCUAUCCAAGCUCGUUGAUGGCCCGGAAGCUGUUCAAUUUGCUCGAGGAACGCGCGGCACAAGGAAAGCCGGUGCAUACGAUGGGUGCCAUUGACCCAGUCCAAAUGACACAGCAAGCCCCGAACCAGGAAAUUCUCUAUGUCUCUGGCUGGGCCUGCUCGUCUGUCCUGACCACCACCAAUGAAGUCUCGGCAGACUUCGGCGACUACCCGUACAACACCGUGCCCAACCAAGUGCAGCGAUUGUUCAAGGCCCAGCAGCUCCACGACAGGAAGAACUGGGACAAUAGGCGAAAGAUGACGAAGGAGGAGCGAGCUAGAACUCCAUAUGUGGACUACAUGAGACCCAUUGUUGCCGAUGGCGAUACCGGUCAUGGUGGUCUGUCGGCGGUUAUCAAGCUUGCGAAGCUCUUCGCUGAGAAUGGUGCGGCCGCUGUUCACUUCGAGGACCAGCUGCACGGUGGUAAGAAGUGCGGACAUUUGGCCGGCAAGGUUCUUGUUCCGACCGGCGAGCACAUCAAUCGUCUGGUUGCUGCUCGCUUCCAGUGGGAUCUGAUGGGCAGCGAGAACUUGGUCAUUGCUAGAACCGAUUCCGAGAGCGGGAAGCUGCUGAGUAGCGCCAUCGAUGUUCGUGAUCAUGAGUUCAUUCUCGGUGUCACUGAGGAUGUAGAGCCGCUUGCUGAGACACUGCAAGAAAUGGAGCUGAGGGGUGCCGAUGGAGCCGAAAUCGAUGCCUUUGAAGCACAGUGGGUCAAAAAGCACAAGCUGGUAACCUUUGAUGAGGCUGCCGUUGAGCACCUCAAAGCCGAGAACGCGUCGAAACACGCUAUAGAUACUUAUCUCUCCGAAAUUGCGGCAAACCCGAACCUUUCUCUCAGCAAGCGCAGAGCCCUCGCCUCACGUUAUGCCAGACGACCCAUCGUUUGGUCUGAGAACAUCCCUCGUACACGCGAGGGAUACUACCACUUCAAGGCAGGUCUUGCACCGGCCACAAAGCGUGCGAUUGAAUUUGCGCCUUUUGCCGAUUUGCUUUGGCUUGAAACGAAGGAGCCCAGCGUGGAGCUAGCGGCAGGCUUCGCAAAAGAAAUCCACAAGGCCGUGCCUGGAAAGAAGCUGGUUUACAACCUCAGCCCGAGCUUCAACUGGAUGGCGCAUGGCUUUACGGAGGAGACGCUCAAGAGUUUCAUUUGGGAUCUAGCGCAGCACGGCUUCGUUCUGCAGCUCAUCUCUCUUGCAGGCCUGCACUCGACUGCCACCAUCACCAACGAGCUUUCGAAGGCUUUCAAGGACGAUGGCAUGCUGGCAUACGUCAAUCUCGUCCAGAAGCGCGAAAAGGAGACCGGCUGUGAUGUCCUGACUCACCAGAAAUGGAGUGGUGCAUCCUACAUUGACGGCAUCUUGGGUCACAUCCAGAGUGGUUCAAGCGGAAGCAAGAGUAUGGGCGAAGGCAACACUGAAACAUCAUUUUAA